UAGAAGAAGAAGAAGAGUCGCAUGCCUUUGACGUCACGAAGUCGCCCGCGCGCAAUGCAAUCAAUGCACAUCAUUUGUGGCUGAUAAGAGGCUUUUUAAAAAUAAAAUAAAAAAAUUGUAAAGUGUCAUUUGAUUUUAUCGAACGAAGUAAACGCGUAUACCACCAAAAUGUGGGUAUUGUGUCCCGUGGAGCAGGCAGGAGGCGAGACCCACUAUCUUCUCCCGGCUAAAGAAUAUGUGGUGGGCCGGAAGAACUGUGACAUUGUGCUGCCGAGUGAUCAGUCGAUCAGCAGAGCUCAUGCUCACUUCAUUGUUACCGAUCAGACACUGACCAUAAGGGACACCUCCAAAUAUGGCACCUCCGUCAACGGCCAACCACUGGUACAGAACGCUCCAGUCGAACUGAAGUCAGGAGACAGCAUUAAAUUUGGGGUUUUUCAGUCCAACUUCAGUGUGGAUCAUCAGAAGCCAGUGGUGUGUUCUUCUUGUUUGGAUAAUGAUGGCAAAGCUGCACUCUCUGAGAUUCUGCAGCUGUUUGGAGGAAAGCUAGUCAAUUCAUGGACACAGGACUGCACCCACUUGGUUAUGCCUUCUGUUAAAAUAACCAUCAAGACCAUUUCUGCUCUGCUGAGCAGCCGUCCAAUCGUGAAGCCAGAGUUCUUCUCAGAGCUGAGCAAAGCAGCUCAGCAGAAGCUUCCUCCUCCUGAGACGGAACGAUUCAUCCCUGACAUCGAUGAGCCCAGCUUGAAAAAUCAGGUGGUGAACCUGAAGCCGGAUCUCAGGCGCAAGCGGCUUUUUGCCGGAACAAACUUCAUAUUCCUUACCAGCAAGCAGUUCAAGCGUCUGAAUGCCCCGGUGACCCUGGGAGGCGGCACCAGCCAACUCCUGGAGGAGGGCUCGUUGCCCCACGACAUCCUGGCGUCCCCACAGAACUGCGUGGUGGACUUUGCUGGUGGCAACUCCCAACCGCCACUUACAGCUUCGACCACUGGGUGGCACAAUUCGGUGAAGAACAUCAUCCAAAGAAAAGGCCGUCGAGCCAUCGCAGAAUCUGAAAUCGGAUUGGCCGCCAUCUACGCUUCGUGUGACAUGUACUGCAACCCUUCCCGUUUCACAACAAACGCAGCGACGAAGCCGACGUCAAGAAUUCCGAGCGCAUCUCUCUCCCAAAACCUAGCAGUGGACGAGACCGUUUUACUUGCAGCGUCGCAGAACAUCACGGCAUACGCCGUCAACACAGAAACAUCGCAAAUUCCGGAGCGCUGCGAGGUUAGCGGGAUUACCACGGUGGGAGAGACGCCGAAGAAAAAGAUGACUCACCACACCGCUCAUCUUAAUGGUCCUCGCACUCAAUGGAUUGGGAUCGAUUCGCCUAGCUCGUCAGCGUUCCGCACUACGGAGAAUAAACAUUCACAGGGGAAGAAACCCGCAUCCAAAGUGACAGGCCAGGAUAUUAAGAACGCGACUUUCCAGCUCCCGUUGAUGAAGUCCACUGGUGGCAAGAAGACAUUUGAACCUCAAAAAUUCCCUCGGAAAUCUCCCAAGAAACAACACGUCUCUCCGGAGGUUUCUCCAAAGAAACAGGCAACAAUGACCAACUUUUUCAAACCUCUCAACAAAAAGAGGCCUUUAGAUGAAGAAUUCUCCGCCAGCAUGUCCGAGCCAAAGCGUUCUGUAAAAGAAUCUGACAUCAGUCAGGCCGGAGACAUGGCAUCCGAAGAUGUCCCCUCACGCUCAGACAAAGCCCCCGCGGCACCAAUGGACUCCGAAAAUAAUUCGUUUGACACCUCUGCGACAGUUUCGUCCCAUACAAGCCGAAAGAGGAAGGAGAUGGAAGAGGAAAUCGAUCUAGACGAACUGGAGUCUAUCAUGUCUCAGGGAAUGGAUUGCACGGACGAGCCAUUUUCAGUCAGCCAAUCCCCAAAAGUUCAAAACCCUAAUUCCGGAUGGACGUCAAAGAGCGUCGAGGCUUUGAGUAAGAAGCAACGAGUAGCCCGCGAAGACGUUGACGCCGGUAGCCGGAGAUCACCAGCGGAACCGGUAGACGAGCCGCUCCCACGUCAGCGCCGCCAAACUGAACAGGAAACUGUGCCCGUGACAACGGGGAAGCUCGAGACGAUGAGUAGCAGAGUUUCAUCGGACUCCGCACGUGACAGAGCGUCUGCCACAGAGUUUGACCAACUCAAAGGAGAUGUUGUCCAGCCCAAAGAACAGCCUGACGUUCAUCUCACGACAGCUGUCGACAGUAAACAGGAGACCACCCAAAUAGCCCAAGUGGACGACGACCUCCCUAAACAGCUGGUCUUAGUCGAGUUUAGAUCCCUCACUGUCAACGGGCUCCCCCCCAAAAAAACACAGCAGCAAGUGCACACCAAUGGCUUUGUGAAGAACUUCAAACGUUUCCGCAAGAUGCGAGUGCCCGGCCUGGACGACUCGCCGCACAUCAUCGGUGGGCCCGACCUGCUGGUUCACAACCGCGGCCAGAACGCCGAACUGGACGAAUGGCUGAAAGACGCGGAAGAGGAUGAGCAGCAGAGCCGGCUGAAGGACUCUGAAGGAGAUGAUCUCUUUAGGUACAACCCCACCAAAUUAACCAAGAGAAGAUGAAGAAGCCAGGGUCAGAUCGUCUGGAAGGAUAAGUCGCAUCUUAGUUUGCAUGUUUGUUAGCCACUAAAGUUGGCGUUCCUAACACUAAUCCGCUAAUGGCGCCACCGGUGGCAAGUAUUGUUAAAGAUAUAUUCCAAUCGCAUUCUGGUUUUUUUAUUUUAAUUUUUAUUUGUCAAUAAUAAAAAAAGAUGGCAUACAAAACA